CCAAACUCUAUAACUUAUGGUCGUAUCUACAACACAAAGAUCAAUCAGCUCAGCCAUGGCAAGUAGGCUUGAGGAAGAAGCACCCAACCAAAUUGGAAAUGGUGGAGAAGAUCAGAACAAGGAGGAGACUUGGCAGAAGAGAGAUAGAGAGUAUCUGUUGAUAGUAGUAACAUUCAUGGCAACCGUUGCUUUCCAAGCCGGGGUGAGCCCUCCUGGUGGUGUCUGGCAACAAGACGAUAAGAACUCGAGUAUUGUAGCUGGGACAUCGAUAAUGGCCACAAAAUUCCCAGCUGAGUUCACCACAUUCGUCGUUGGCGUAACAGUGUGCAUGAUAGUUUCAAUGUUGCAAUUUAUAGUGCUGUUUGUUGAGUUGCCAAGCGACACACCCUCACUUUCGAGGAAAUAUCUGUACUACACUUUGUUCUUCGCAUUAGGCAGCAUGCUCUCGUCUUAUGUAUCAUCGGUAAAAGCUUAUACGCCGGAGUCGAUGAGAACCCAGACCAUCACUGUUCUUGCUCUUACUAUUGGAAUUGGUGUUGUUUUAGUGGGGAUUUCAUUGUUCAAACAGAAGAUACAGCAGAAAUGUAUGCGUUAACUGUUCAGUGGACAAUAUCAUGAGAGCUUAAGCUCAAAGUGGACAAUAUCAUACCAUUGUGGAUAGUUGUGUUCAUCCAACACAAAGCAGGUCUCGAAGAACAAGCACCCCAACACAUGGCCCAAAGCCUAUGUGUUUGUCAAACCAGGUUCUUGAAAAAAUUCUUAGGGCGAGCUACAACCUAUCUAACUUCACCUUCUUACCUUGGUUCUUGCACAAAUUCUUCAAGAAUGGAUUAAAGCUCUUGUAUUAUCAUAUGUAUGAGAAUUUGGCACCUACGCAUAUGUAUUCAAACACAUUGAAGGCACUUUAAGAAAUCAUACGUUUGAAUCUAAAUGGGCUUCAAAUUGUAAAACCCAAUACAAAUCA